ACCAUUAAAAAGGCUUGUGCCCAAUGUAUGAGAAGGCUCUCACUAAGCUGAGGAGUUUGGACUUUCUCAUAUGACAAUGGGAGGCCAUCGAACGGUUUCUGGGCAGGGGAAGGAUUUUGGCAGAACUGGGAUUUAGGAAGACAGCCAUGGCAGUAUAGACAACAGAGGAUCAUGAAAAUUCUCAUCUCUGUCCUGCUGGGAACCUUGUUGUUUGUGGAGUCAGCUCAGAGCCUGAGGUGCUAUGUUGGCGUUGGGGUGAAUAAGAGAGACCUCCGUACAACUAAGACCUGCAGGAGUGGUGAAUCCUUCUGUGGCAAAAUUGUGAUGACUCCAGAACUCGGGUCUAAUACAAAUGUAUCCAUCUUGGAUUGUACUACUUCUUGUGCGGAAUUUAAAAACUCAAAAUCACAGUUAAUAAGAGGCUUUGUGGAUGCAUCCUGUUGCAGCACUGACCUGUGUAAUGGGGUGGGUCUGUUCAAGGGCAACCCUUGGGCCCUGGCAGGGGCACUCCUCUUUAGUCUGGGGAUUGCCCUUCUCUGGAUGGGGCUGUAAGAACCCUCCUUCCUCACCAGUUGCUUCUUACUAGUCCUUCUUUCCGUCACCAAACCCAUGAACCUUAGCCCUGAUUUGGGGUUAAGAGCUUUAGCAUAUUUCCAGAGUCCUGGCAUUCCUAAGGGGUUAGACAUGAAGCUUCCCUGUCUCUUACCCAGUCACCCUUCCUUUCCUCCUUUUCUUUCUUGCAGGAUUCCUCUUUAGAUCCUAGCUAAUCAGUUCCUCCCUUGUUCUAGUGAAAAUCCCUGGGUAUGAUCUCCCUCCUCCCUGCUUUGUGCUUCAGUAUUACAGAUAUGAGGUUCCCUGGGGAGUAGCUCCUGAUGCUACUGGGUCCAGUUGGGCAGAAUAAUAAGUAAUUGGGUGCUGAGAAGGCCGCAAAGUCUGAGUUAAAACACCUGAAGCUACCCCUCUUUGCUCAUGUACAUACAUAGUAAAUGGCUUGUUGUAAACUGGGAUGCCUAAGGCAGGGGUAGACAGGAUAGCCUGUUUUAUAUCUGAUAGAGCUGACAAGUGUACUGGCUCUAAUUUGAGGGUUUCAGGGAAUGAAUCCCUUGUUAGUGCUAUAAGGGGUUUAGUAAUUUCCCCAUAGCAAGGAAUCCAUUGUCUACAAAACCCUGUUGCUCCCAAAAUUGCUCUCAACUGUUUCUUAGUGGUAGGAGCACUUAAAUUUUGAAUAUUUUCAAUUCGUUUCAGAGAAAUAGAGUGGGCACCCACAGUCAGGAUGAACCCCAAAUAUUCUACUUUAGGGAGACCCCAAUGAACCUUAUCCUUAGAGAUCUUAUGCCCUCUUUUGUGCAAUUCCAUAAGAAGGUGUUUACUAUCUUCCUGACAUGCUUCUGUGUCUGUUGAAGCCAAGAGUAGAUCAUCUAUGUAUUUAAUUAAUUUGCUAUUUUAAAAUGUUAUAUUAUCUGUGUCUUGGCUCAAGAUUUGUGCAAAUAAACUCGAGAUUUUUACGAA